CACGCGGUACCUAGAAAAUCAGCAACCGAGGUACACAUAAAUCGGGAAAAGACUUCAGUCCGAGUGAUGUACGUUCGCGCGAUAUUCCUUUUGAGCCUGACGGGCAUGGUGUUGGCCGCGGACCAGCAGAUCCCAAUCAUCAGUCAAAGCCAGGACAUCAGCCCGGACGGCAGUUUUUCUACGAAAUGGGAGACCGGGAAUGGGAUCUCCGUUCAAGAGGAGGGCUUCUUGAAGAAUCCCGGGCAGAAGGACGCGGAGGCCGAGGAAGUCCGCGGCUCGGCCUCGUGGACCGCGCCGGACGGCUCGAAAAUUAACCUUGGUUGGCUGGCCAACGAAAAUGGAGCCACUUUCGACGGCGCGCAUUUACCAACGCCACCCCCGCCCCAACCGAUACCGCCGCUCAUUCAGCGCGCCCUGGACUGGCUAGCUGCUCAUCCCUACAAAGAGGAGAAGAAUAGAUUGUAAUUUUGCAUGGCGUUCCAUUCCAGCGAGAUAACAUUCCGCGAAGGUAUCUACUCUCUUCCUGCGAGCUUGCGUCCUUUUCUCAAAACCAUUCGGCAGACUUUGCCCUCCGGUGAUGUUUUUGCGAGAAUGUAUAUUUGAGAAUUCCUGCUUUGAGAACGAAAUGCACCGUGAAAUUCGUAUCGAUGUUUACGCUGCGACGUGAACAAAUAUUGAAAGUAAAUAUUUCGGUAUCAUGCGGGAUUUAGCUUUUAAGAUAUCGCACGAUUAAUGUUUUUCACUGAUGAAACGUUCGAUGUUUUAUAUUUUCGUGCUGCGCGAGACUGGAAUAAAUUCUUUUCAUUGUCGUAUACGUGUUUCGUGUUCUUUUUAUAUUUCUGUGUUGUGUUGUGUAAUGAAGGGUUGAUUUUAAAUGUUUUAUUUUCCUUGUUGAUGUUCUAAUUAUGCGCGAGGCGUUCGGUAAGUUUCCGGAAAAUGUAAAUAAAGAGACGCAAAUUAAAUUGAACGUUUUAUUUUUCUACAAUGUUCCAUUUUAGUUAAAUAUUAAUACUUCGUUUACGUUUAAGCACAGAAAAUUACUAUUUUUCUGGAAGUAUUUUGAAUGUUCUUCAUACGAGGACGAGAAGGUUCAAAAGAUACAUUUCAAAAUUUUAAUUUAAAGAAUAUUCUUUAUAUUAUAGAAUUUUCUAUAUAUAGCGAAAGCCGAAAGUUUAAUCAAGGAGAAACUAUUAUAACAUGAUUAACUUUAGAAAAUAAUUUUAAAUUAAAAUUUUAACACCAAAGUCACUGCACAUAUCGCAAUGAUUGAUUCCAGUUUCUUUAUUUCGCAAUUAUUUAUAUCUUAAAAGUUGUUGAAUAUUCGAAACGAUUUUAAGAAUGAAUAAUUUCAUUUGAAUACCACACGUAUAAUAAGUAUGUGAAAAAGUAAAAAAUCUAUUGUCACAAUUUUUAUAAGGAUUAUAUAUUAAUCGCAUUAAACGUUCGGUAGUUGUAGCGUUAAAAAAAGUCUUUUUUGUAAAAGUAGCGUUGAUUUGGAGUCGAUGCUUAUGACAAUAAAUGAUAAAAGCAACGAGACACGCGCACAUACUGCAACAUUCAUGCACCAUCAUCUCUUUCAUCCUCGUUGAGUCCAAGAUACAAGGUUUGAAGGUGAACUCCAAGCGAAACUUUUUAAUACUGACCUAGUCUACGUUAUUGUCUGAUUUAUAUCU